UAACUACUACAUUUCUCUCUCUGCAAUUACUGUUUGAAAACAUCUCUCUCUAGAAUAUUGAGUAUUGCUAACUUAAGCGUUAGAGUGUUUUCCCCGAGGAAACAUCCUCGGGAUUUUUAGGUGUUGAAGCUGCCGAAGGUAUCUAUAGUACUGGAUCAUGAAGCUAUCCAAACAUUUGGCGCCAUCUGUGGAAAAUUGAACAAAAAGUUCUAUGGUUUAAUUGGCUUGAGCUAACAAUGGAACGCACCUUUACAGGAAACCGCCCCUCGAGAGGCAACAUAGACGAACAGGACAAUAUUCAACUCUUAGAAAGUGACCUCAGUGAUUUCCAAACAAUGUCGAGAAACCUUUUCGUUGGCGGAGCAGAGCAAGAACAAUCAAACACUUCAGAUGAUGAAAGAACAUCUACUGGGUAUGCAACCCAACUUGAAGAACAGUUUCACAUCCCGGCAGAAGCCAGACGAAGGCAUUCUAGGCAUAAUACUUCACGACUUGAGAGACCCAUGGAAUCUUCUCGGACAACCGAGCUGGAAGAAAGAACCAGACCAGCAGCAAUAGUUGCGACUCGCAAUUCCCUAGCUUUGAGCAAUGUGGUGGUCCCAACCAGACCAAUAGCAAAACCAUAUCAAGAGGGAUUUAAGAUUCCUCGUUUAGAGACAUAUGAUGGCUCGGGAGACCUGGACAAAUAUUUACAUACUUAUCAGGCUAUCAUGAGAAUCCAGAACGCCACUGAUGCUAUGAUGUGCAAAGUUUUUCCUGUGACAUUGAAAUCAACUGCUAGAAGAUGGUACCACAAGCUCCCUAGACAUUCCGUAGCUUCCUAUUCUGAACUUGCCACUCUGUUCUCAAACAAGUUUGCAAGUCAAAGGGAAAUUAAACGCACCGCUAAUGAGCUGAUGCAAGUUCAUCAGAAGAAGGGAGAAUCUUUAAGGGACUAUAUGCAAUGGUUCAACAAGUCCACUUUAAACAUUGAUAAUGUCCCUGACACCAUCUGCCUGUUUACUUUGUUGCAUGGCCUCAAACCCGACCAGUUCCUAGACAACCUGCUAGAGAAUCCGUCGAAGUCAUGGAACGAAGUAAAUGAUAGGUCAGCGAGCUUCAUAUUGUCAAAAAACUUCCAGUCACCUAAGCGAGAGCCGAUGACAGAUAGAAUACAACACUGGGUCAAGAGACCACCUCCCCAAAUGCAUGAUUUCCCACGAGCUAAUAGAAGUAAAUAUUGUGACUAUCACCAUGGGUACAGCCACAACAUAGAAGAUUGUCAAAGCCUGAAGGACGAGCUAGAAUUCUUAGCUCGCAAUGGAAAAUUGGAGGGAUAUGGGAGUCCAUACUCAUCUGAAGCUGGCAGAACCUACAAAGGACGCCCAUUCAAUAGACGAGGACAGGGACAGAAAACCUCUAUGCAGAAUCAAAAAGACCAUAGAGUGGUCGGUUACAAUGGGAUACCCCCACCUUCUGGCACAAUCAACAUGAUUUUUGGUGGCAUGCAUUCAGGAGGCCAAAAAGCAGAGUGGGAAAAUACACCAAUCACAUUCAGUCCGAUUGAUUAUAAGCGGCUAGAGGGAGAACCAGACGUUAUGAUGCCCCAUGUGGACCCAUUCAUGGCAACAAUUCACGUUGGCAAUCACAAUGCGAAUAAAGUCUUCAUAGAUAAGGGCAGUUCUCCGGACAUCCUCUAUUGGAGCUGUUUCCAAAAAAUGCAACUAAACCCAAAUUCAUUGAGAAAAUAUGAAGGGCCAAUCUAUGAAUUUGACAAUCAACCCAUCCCUGUUAAGGGAGUAAUUACACUUCCCAUCUACGUGGGCGUUGAACCACGAUUUAGAAUGGCGUCAGUAGACUUUCUAGUGGUUAACAUGGAGUCAACUUUCAAUGCCAGAAUUGGAAGAGCUACACUUUGCGAAUUGAAAGCUGUCAUCUCUCAACCACACCUCUAUAUGAAGUUCCCAACUUCUCAGGGUGUAGAAGUGCUCAAUGGGAACCAGAAAAUGGCAAGAACCUAAUACCAAGAUACGUUUAAGAAGGUCGAACUCAUAGCAACACCCAAGACCUUCGGUUUAGACAUUUCCAGACCAAGCCAGCAAGGUCAUCAGACGAUGAGCAUAUCUGAUAUAGACCAUCGACCUAAGAAUCUUGAGCAGAAGGCCGAGCCAGUGGAGACCGUCCCUUUAAAUCCUAAUGAACUGGAAAAAACAAU